AUGGCCCUGGUCCUGCCUUCAUGCAGAAGUACUGGCAGCUGUGGGAGCCUUGCAGACUCAGCCAUUGACGGCUCCAACAUUUUGGCUCUCAGCGCUCGACCUGCGCUUCUGACGUCCUCGCUGCAGUUCGUCACCAAGACUUGUCCACUUGCUGCGGGCUUGAAGCGGGUCUUCCCAACAUUCUGGGUUCCCAUCUUCGUCCGAAAGAUCAUGCAUGCCCAUAUGCGAGUCUGGGAGAAAGACCUGAACAACUUGCUGGCGAUAGAGGUCGUCUCCCUCGUGCCACAAGCCGUAAUGGAGGAGUGGAAGCUUGACAGGAAGAACAUCGUUGCAGGAAGCUUCAAGUGGCAUGCAGAUGAGUAUUACUCGCGAGGCGGUAACAAGCCGAAACACAUGUACUCCCCAGACUGGCUGGACGUUGAAAUGAAGACCCAUCAUGAAAAAGCCCGCGGGGGGACUGCCACGAUCAAGGUCAACCCUUUGGAAGGGCCUCCUUCGCCAAAACCGAGCUACGGUUUCUUUGAGCCCGAUGCCUCACUGCGGCCUAAGUCUCCGACCGCUAUGGAUUUGGGGUGGUCGACGCUGUCUGGAACGCAGCCCUUGGCCAACACACUGAACAAGAGGAGGCCUGCAUCUGCCCUGACGCUGACCACCGGCCAGGAGUUGGGCGUGACAUCCCCUACCGCCAGCCCCAAGGGCGCCUUGAUGAACGCCCUGCUAUCUCCAGCUCGGGCAACCGAGCGUGCAACCACUGCUCUUCCAGGGCCGCGGGGGAUGUUCCGCAAUGCCAGUAGCCCGGACACGCUCGGCCUCUCGUCCCCGAAGGGCAGCCGCCUCACGCUUCCCUCGCCGCAAUCCACGAUGGGCGGAGGACGUUCAGGGCAGGAUUAUGAUCGGCUGCUUGGCCUCGGACGCUCUCCUUCGCAACCGCUGCAUGAGUCUGCUUACUGCCAGCCAUCCCGUUUGCGCAAGGCACUUCAGGGGUCUGGAAAGGGGCUGGGCAGAUGGCGGGAUCUCCGCCUUCAACUUCACAGACACAUCACUCGAGGAACGCACCGGAAGCUGAUGUGGCUGCAUAGGCUGCCCAGCACCCAGACCGCUUGCCUUCUGCUAGCUGUUCGCAGUGCCAUGGUUGUGAGAUUGCGAACUGUCCACGAUGCGUGUUCAGAUGUGGAACCCCUGCAGCGCAUCUGCAGUCUGGCUCCAUGGAGACGAGCAUUUUACCUUUCUGGACUGCCUGGCCUUGACUUCAAGUCAUACUGGACAAGUUCUACUGAUUCUGCUGUACUACUGGCGAAUGGAACCUUGCAAGAUGAACAGCCCAAGGAAUGUAGCUGCAGCACCUCGGUUCCCGGCCUUGUAGCACCAGACAACUGGUGCACCGGCGUGGAUCAAGCAGGCUGCUUGCAACCCCGGUCAAGAUAA